UAUUGCACAUGAGCCUCAGCUGCCCGAUAUGUCAAAUAUGUGCGCCAUCACUACUCUCCUUGCUUGAAAGCUACUGACCUUCAGGCCAUGAGUCUCACCGUCAAACUGUGCUUUCCUCAACCAGCUCUGCUCCUGCCUACUUCAACUUCCAUAAACAAACCAAUUAGAAAUUUGACUAUAAAUCCAUCAUCCCCAACAACCCAGAAACUUAAAGGAAGCAACUUUCUCAGUUCAGCUCCUGUUGCUGAAACCCAGCAGAAGUCUGAAAUCAAACCCUUAAUUGAUAUUCUACGUGGUUGUGAGGACAUUGGGUCUUUGAAACAAGUCAAAUCUGUUCAUGGGUUUGCGUCAAAAUCCAAUCUUUCGGGCCAUGACUUGCUCGUAUUGUUGAACCAUGUAGUCCAUGCCUAUUCGAAAUGCUCGGAUUUUGGCACAGCUCGUAAGGUGUUUGAUGAAAUGUCUGAGAGAAACAUAUUCUCUUGGACUGUCAUGAUUGUUGGGUGUACUGAGAAUGGUUUGUUUUUUGAUGGGUUUGAGUUGUUUUGGGAGAUGGUGAACAAUGGAGUUUUGCCUGACAAAUUUGUAUAUACCGCAAUUGUCCAGACAUGUAUUGGUCUAGAUUGUGUUGAAUUGGGCAAAAUGGUGCAUGCCCAGAUUGUUGUGAGAGGCUUUGAAUACGAUGGAUUUGUUAGCACAUCUCUGCUUAACAUGUAUGCGAAGUUUGGAGAGAUUGAGGAUUCAUGUAGGAUGUUUAAUACCAUGACAGAAAAUACACAAGUCUCCUGGAAUGCAAUGAUUUCGGGGUUAACAUCGAAUGGUUUUCAUAUGGAAGCAUUUGAUCAGUUUCUCAGUAUGAAGAGAAAAGGAAUUAGACCGAAUAAGUAUACUCUCGUCAGUGUAUCAAAAGCUGUUGGGCAACUAGGUGAUGGUAACAAGUGCAAAAUUAUUCACAGUUGUGCAUCUGAAUUGGGUGUUGAGUCUAGUGUUCUUGUGGGAACAGCUCUCAUUGAUAUGUACUCCAAGUGCAAGUCUUUGUCGGAUGCAAGAUCAGUUUUUGACACGAAUUUCAUUAGCAGUGAAGUCAAUAUGCCAUGGAAUGCGAUGAUUUGUGGAUAUUCACUGUGUGGUUACAGCGAACAAGCGUUGGAACUUUUUGUGAGAAUGUGCAGAAACAAUGUACAACCAGACCUUUACACUUAUUGCAGCGUGUUCAAUGCAAUAGCUGCAUUAAAAUUCUUGCAUUUAGGUAAGGAAAUUCAUGCUAUGGUUUUAAAGUCUGGGGCAGAAAGGAAGGGAACAAGUGUUUCCAAUGCAAUUGCUGAUGCAUAUGCCAAAUGUGGCUUACUUGAAGAUGUACAGAAGGUUUUUGACAGAACAGAAGAGAGAGAUAUAGUGUCGUGGACGACUUUGGUGACAGCUUAUUCUCAAUGUUCUGAGUGGGAGGAUGCGCUGACAAUCUUCUCAAAGAUGAGGGAUGAAGGAUUUACACCAAAUCAGUUCACUCUCUCUAGUGUACUCAUUGCAUGUGCCAGCCUUUGUUCACUUGAGUAUGGUCAGCAAGUCCAUGGCCUCCUGUUCAAGGCUGGCUUGGACACAGGCAAGUGCACUGAAAGCGCUCUUGUUGAUAUGUACGCCAAAUGUGGUAAUAUAACUGAGGCGCAGGAGGUCUUUGAGAGGAUUACUGACCCCGAUACAAUUUCAUGGACUGCCAUUAUAUCAGCCUAUGCUCAACAUGGUCUUGUGGAGGAUGCCCUUGAACUCUAUGGUAGAAUGGAGCAGUCGGGUGUGAAGGUCAAUGACGUUACCUUAUUGUGUGUUCUCUUUGCGUGCAGCCACAGAGGUAUGGUAGAAGAAGGUCUCCAUCAUUUCAGUUUGAUGGAACAAUCUUGUGAUCUGGUGCCGAAGAUGGAACAUUACGCUUGUAUUGUUGAUCUCUUAGGCCGCGUGGGCCGUCUUAAUGACGCAAUGGACUUCAUCAAAAGGAUGCCAAUUGAGCCCAACGAAAUGGUUUGGCAGGCUUUGUUGGCAGCAUGUAGGGUCCAUGAAAAUGUGGAGUUGGGGGAGAUUGCAGCUGAGAAGAUCCUUUCCAUUAGGCCAGAACACUCAGCUACCUAUGUUCUUCUAUCCAACACAUAUAUCAGGACAGGGCGUUAUGAAGAUGGACUUAGUUUGAGAGAUGCGAUGAAAGACCGCGGUGUCAAGAAGGAACCAGGAUGUAGUUGGAUUUCUGUGAAAGAAAUUUGGGUUGCUAUGCUUGUUUGUUGUUGGAUGGAAACUAAACAUUGUCGUAUUGUUAAAUAUGGAGCUUAUUUAACUGUGGAUAGAGUACAAGGCAGUGGAUGUACUCAACAAGCUACAUAUAAGGUCGAGUGGCAGAACUGGAUUCAUGUUAAGGACCCUUGAGCUCCACCGCUGAGGAAGAUCCACCAAGAUCGACAAAGCAGUGGGACCAGAAUGCAGGAUCCUCAAUGCUGUAGAAGAAUUCAGGUUGAUGCACCCAACUUAGCUGCAAAAUCAGUCAACAUAGUGUUCUGAAAAGCCAGGCUGUUCAAGUCCCAAUAAUGAGAUGCAUUAUUGAUAUAGAGGAAUCAGCUUGUUUUAGGCCAUGAGUUAGUGAUAAUAAGGUGAAUGCAGGAUCCUCAAUGCUGUAGAAGAAUUCAGGUUGAUGCACCCCAACUUCGCUGCAAAAUCAGUCAACAUAGUGUUCUGAAAAGCCAGGCUGUUCAAGUCUUAAUAAUGAGAUGCAUUAUUGAUAUAGUGGGAUCAGCUUGUUUUAGGUCAUGAGUUGGUGAUAAUAAGGUUAUUUCUGUUAUCGGUUCCUCCAUUUGAUCUUUGUUAAAGUCAUCAAUCUCCCACUAUCCCUACUUCAAUUUCUCAGUUGUAUAAGCAACCUUGUACUAUAUGUUAAAACACAAGAAUGUAGCUACUUUCUUUCACAGAAUCACAGCUAUGUGCAACUGUAGAGCUUUACGUGGCUAACACAGCCGCAGAGAACUCAUUGCUUACAUGAACAGAACCAUGAAAGAAAGUGUUUCUAUUAUGCAAUAACUUCUUCGGAUCGGAGUUUGAUUGGGGUUUUACGUUCUGCGCUUUUAAUCUCAUACUAUGAUCUAAAAUCUGAAAAGUACGUGUCUCCUAUCUUCAUGGGGCCUAAGAAAUGCAGGACAUCGAUCAAAAGGAGACGGUAGAAUGUGUGCCUUUGAUUCAGCAUCCAAAAAUCAACAAGAAGACAGCACCAGUUGAAAACACUAAUCCUGAAAUGUCUUACUGAAAUGUACAUAUGAUGGGUUCAGAACCUCUUCUACAAUCGCUGUAGGAUCUUGCAGCAGCCCUUACAUGUGAUGAAGAAGACGCAACUACUCUUUCAUGCAUUCACAAGGGACUAACUGGCAUGAUCAUCAUCCAGGGUUCUCGUAUGCUCCAUACAACUUUUACAGAAUUCAUUUCUGGAUCAUUGUAAAUCCAACUGUGUCAUGUUCGAUGGCUACAACCAACCCCGUGACCUAAAUUUUGCGAUGUCUCUUUUGUCAAAAAGAGAAGUGGGGUAUGAGAUUGCUCUACUCGAAGUAGAAGAAUUAGCUACUUCCCUCGAUCUGUGACCUAAUGCCAUGCAUAAUGAUGCUAUAUAUAUGGAGAGAUUUUUGUCUUAUACAUGGGUCACCUCCAAGAUGAUGGGUACAGAUUUCACGUCCUCGAACGUCACACACAGGCCACCACAUGCACUCAUUAUGGCUCGAAAUUACGGAUACCCUUUAUCAACUCUAAGCUUUGUACGACAAUGUGUAUUCUAAUUUUAAUGUCGGAUUUAG